UCCGCCAGGCCCCGGGAGCGCCGCCCGACGCGCCGUCCAGGUGAUGGGCAGCCGACCCUGCAGCCCCAGCGCCUACCCUGAGCUCUGCUGGGGACCGCCGCCCGGAGGACCCCGCCCUGCCAAGCGCCGCCGAACCGAGGAGCCCGCGGGCCUGGAAGGCCUGGAGGGGCCGCCCGCCGCCGCCGGCGCACUCACCUCGGUGGUGGUCCUGGCCACGGGCUGUGCCCUGCAGCUGCUCCUGGACGACGUGGAGCUGGUGCUCGAGCCCGAGCCAACGUCGGCCCUGCAAGUGACCCUCGGCGAGCUCACCCUCGUGCUGGUCCCCGAGGCCCUCCUCAGCUCGGGAGGGCAGGGCCACUCGCCCGCCGGCCUAGAACAGGGCGCUUUCCUGAACGCGCCCGGGCACGAAGUCGCCGUCGAGCAGGGAUUCUUCUGCGCAUCGGUCCCAGAGGUGGCCGCCCAAGAAGAGUCCUACGAGGAAGACGAGGACCCCGCGUUCCUGCCGCCUGGGGUGGACCCCGCAGCGGGCUCCGUCCCUGGGCUCCGCCCCCACCCGCAGGGCCCCAAACCAGAUCCCUGGCCUGGGGCCCCCACCCCUAGUCCAAAGAGACGCUCUCCUCUCCGCUACUUCAACCUGGAGCCCAUUCUGGAGCCCUUCCCCAACUCGCCACUCCAACCUCUACCUCCCUCUCCGAGUCCAGGUCCCCACGUGCGCCCCCAGCGCCCUCCGGGUCCCUCUCACAAGGCCAGGGAAUGACCUGUUCCGGGAAUGAACUGCUCCCACAAUCAAUGGCCAGCUGGCUUCAGGCACUCGUGAUCCUCCAUGACACACUGUGAGCACACGCCACCACUCAAAGAUGAAACAUCUUCAUCGCGAACAGCCGGCAGCUGCGGUUUUUG